GCUUUUUAGUUUAUUUCUUUGUAUUAUUGGAGCUAUCGAAGAGGACGACCCAUGGAUGGAGAUACCCUUUCUCGAAGAUUUUGAUGAACGGUACAGCUCAUCUGUCGUAGGACUUUUAAAGCUAUUGGAAAUUGAAAGAGCGUAUAUGCAAGCUAUAGAUAGAUAUGCCAGUGUCUUACAGCAAAAAGUAUACGUGCUACAAUCAUAUAUUUGGUCAUUAGGGGUCAGAAAGCAUGAAGACUUUCGUGAACGUGAGCGAUUUGUGUCCAAUCCCCUGAACGCUUUUGCGCUCAUCAGACGUCUACACCAGGAUUGGCCCGCAUGGCAAAAAUAUAUCAACUUUACAUUUGGAAAAGCUGAAAUGCAAGUAAUGGAGAAUCUGCUGAGCAAAGCACCCACUGCGUCUGAUAUGACCGAGGCACUAAUGGGUAUGCACCGAAUAGAAAAAACGUACGAUCUAGAACCUAACGAUAUAGCCAAUGGGCGUCUACAGGGGAAACAGUAUAAUAUUCAGCUUUCUAAACGCGAUUGUCUAACCCUGGCCGAUCAUAAACUAGAGAAAGGCGACUACAGUAGUGCCAUUAAGUGGUUUCGAAUUGCAAUGCAAGAGAAGUGCCAGCUGCAUGGACAGAGAUUUGAUGAGAUACUAGACCCAAAAAAGGAGCAAGUAGAAACACGUUACCUAAAAGCCAUAAUUAAAUAUACAUCUCUUUCAGACCUCAGCGCAAGUGAUAAUAGUUUUAAUGCCAGUCAACUAGACGAAGCUGUGGAGACAGUGUUGAACAACACAAGUACCGCCAAUUUGAAGAGCUUGGCACAGAAAGCCAGCGAAAUAGUCGAGUUAAAAUCCGAACCCUCAACAAAUGAUAUAGGCUGUCGUGGACUUUUUCCUCAGUACAACAAACUAAGCUGUCGGUACAACUUCACUACAACGCCGUUCCUUAGGCUAGCUCCGCUUAAAAUGGAAGAAAUUAGCAUCAAUCCUUAUAUUGUCAUGUAUCACAAUAUUGCCACCGACGAGGAGAUAGAAGAUCUGCAUCAAAAAGCAGUACCCAAGAUGAGCAACGGAUAUGCCGGCAUUGUCAAGAAAAAUCAAACGGAGCCUCGAGAAAUUGUUUCACGCGUUAGUUGGAUUGUAGACGAACUGUCAUCAAGAAGACGCAUAAACCAGCGAAUUGUGGACGCGACAGGCUUGGAUAUAGUUGGGGUCCAGGCAAUACAAGUAGCCAAUUAUGGUUUAGGUGGAUACUUUAAAGGACACUACGACUAUCUGUCAGAUGACCAGAUACAAGACAAAGAGAUUACGGAAAUGGGAGAUCGGUUAGCUAGCAUAGUUAUCUACACUGGAGACGUAGAACAAGGUGGAGCAACGAUGUUUCCAAUCAGUCGGGUCACCGUCUUUCCUCAAAAGGGCAAUGCUUUAUUUUGGUUCAACCUAAAUAACGAUGGCACUAGAGACCCGCGAUCGUUACAUUCCGUGUGCCCAGUUAUUGUGGGCAGCAGGUGGACGAUAACCAAAUGGCUUCACGAGAAAGCACAGGACACUCUUUUAGUGUCUGCUUACGAAAUGAAGGAGAAUGACACAAAGCCAAUUCUAUACAGCACAUCAGUGGUGAGUCUGAUGGAACUGGCACAAAUCGAGAAUGAGUACGUAGAUCAUUUAAGGGGUUAUGUAGACGAGCUACAAAGAAAGGUGGACUACAUAAAGCAAUAUAGUCAAAUAGGGAAGCAUCCAGAGCUUGAAACUGAACAGCAACGAACGCAAUUCGUCGCCAACCCAUUAAAUGCUUUCGGACUCGUACGCCGUGCACAUGAAGACUGGAGCAAGGUGCUGGAUUUCAUAAAAAUGGUGGAGAAUCCAGCCCAAUUUGAGGAAAUGGAUCGUCUGAUGGCAAAAGCACCAACUGAAGAGGAUAUGAAUGAAGCGUUAAGAGGGAUGGCUAAGAUACACGAAAUAUACGAUUUAGAACCUGCGGACAUUGCCAAGGGUUUGCUGGAUGGAAGACAAUAUAUGGCUCAGAUGCCUACGCCAGACCGCGUAUUGCUGGCCGACUAUUUAUACAACAAAACCGAUUACAGAAGAGCCGCUCAAUGGUACAAAACCGCAUUGCAAAAUGAAACAGCCGAAUCUCAGAGAGAAGAAAUACGUAAGAAAUAUAUUAUAUCCAGGCUUAAGGAUGGACGCUCCGAUGAAGUAGAGAAAUAUCUAGCUGAGCUCUCACAAAGUCAUGAAGAGUCGCUACCUACAAUACAUAAACCAACUUCAACUCAGCUAGGCUGCCGUGGCCUCUACCCGGCUCGGACCAAUUUAUCGUGUCACUAUAACUUCAAGACUACGCCCUUUCUACGAUUGGCACCAAUUAAAACGGAGAUUUUAAAUCUAGAACCACUCAUCGUGCUACAUCAUGACGUUCUUUACGAUCGCGAAGUAGCAUUCGCAAAGAAUGUAACAAUGCAUGAUAUGAUUGAUGGUAUAUCUGGCUCAAAUAAUAAUAUAAUUAUUUCGAAAUUUAAACAACUCGAUGUGACUGGCACCAUUAAAAUCGAUAGACGUAUUGCAGAUAUGACAGGAUUAAGCUUGACCGAUUCUUCCCCUAUACUAGUAUUUAAUUACGGACUUGGUGGGCACUUUCAUGAACAUUUUGACUAUGUAGAUGAAGACUGGGAUGCUGAUAUAGAUGAAUUCUUGGCAUCUUAUGGAAAUCGUUUUGCUACAGUUGUUUAUUUUGCCAGUAAUGUAACGCAAGGUGGCACUCUCGUCUUUCCAAGACUCCAAAUAGCUGUGCGACCAGAAAGAGGAGCUGCUUUAGUUUGGCACAAUUUAAAUAACGCUUGUGAGCCAGAACCUUUAACAGAGCACUCAGUCUGCCCAGUGAUUGUGGGCUCGAGAUGGGUACUUACCAAAUUUUUGUUUGAGAAAGUCCAAAUGUUUACGAAACCCUGCUAUAAAUUGUGAUGGAAUGGAUGUCGACAAUAAGAAACUUAUACUUAAAUUUUUGAAUUGGCAUAUUAAACUAACUAUACAUUA